AGUGCGAGACUCGUCCACCGAAAACAACCUGCAUGGGAGAGGCAGAGAGAGCGGGGAUCUGUACUGAAACAUCAGGGCACAAACGAGUGCUCGGUGUAAUGUGGAAUUAAAACUGCGCAAUUCUGCAAACGUGCUGCGCGUUAUGACCCCCGGCGCUGGCAGGAAAUCUAACAUCAUGUCUGAUGCGACUCAGCCGACCUGCAUGCGGGACGCAGCUCUCCUCAACUAUGGCAUCACAGAUUCAUUCCUUUUCCAACUGAGACGUACUUCUUUUCAGAGGAGACAUUGCAGUUCCUUAGUGCACGAUGAGGAUGAGGAGGAUGAGGAUGAGGAUGAUGUCGGGCCUUUUUGGAAAAGACUAGAACGUUUUGGUGGCCGUGUCACUGAUGUUCGUGCAUGGACACGUUCACAUCACAGAUCACAGCUGAAGUCCCUGUGUAGAGUUUAGGUGAAUAGCAGCAGUGCGAGACCGAAGCGCAGGUUAUUUGCAUUAGGAUUUGGGACUUUAAAGCGCUGAGGAUUUGUGCUGCGUGUCACUCGGCGCGCGACAAGAAACUGCGCAGCUGCGUUUGGCGUCAUUAUUUCUCCAAAAAUGUUUACAAUGAAACGCAAGACGCCUCCCAGCUCAACCAUCCGCGCAUUACCAGUUGACGGUGUGACAGUAUGGCUAAAGUGUGGUUGGCCAACAUGAGAAUCACUCUGGAUGAAAACCUCCAUCAAACACGGUGCAAAUCAACACUGCAUCCAAUCAGUCAGUCAGUAAAUGUGAUCAGAAGCUGCGCACAGAGGAAACAUGAGCAUGGAAAGCCUUGAGGAUGGAGUUACACAGGGCCAGGAAGGAGCCACUCCCAUACAGGAAGAAGACAACAGACCACUAGUAGUUCUCCAAACAGCGUGUGAGUAUUGGUGUGUGGCCCUCUCUCUGCUGCUGUGGAGGGCUUCACGUACACAGCUAGUGUGGCUGGAUGCAUCACACCGUGGAACAAUUUGGUGCGCGCAGCUCACGGGACCCUUUCCCUCUGGAUGGACUCAACCGGGGACCAUGGGCUCCCAUGGGUGGUCGUGCUUGGCCUCCUCCCCCCAGAUGCUCACCUGGUGGUCAACCUCAGUUUCUCCCUCACCUCCCACACAAUCACAUGACCGGAUUAAAUCAUCCAAAUAAAUUUUACAACAGUGGGCCACUGGCACGUGGAGGGGAAAAGCUGGAGCUAUCUCAGGCCUUGUUGCCAGGGUUGCACAGGGAUCUCCGGGUUCCCCCAGGCCCUCCCAGGCCGUGGGAUCCACUUGGUCAGCAUUUUGAGCCAUUGCCUAGUAAUGAUCAUGCCCUUUUGCACAACGGAUACAAUGCUGGACCAUCUGCACACCUCACAGCCAGAGCUAACCAGCUGUUAAAGUAUGGCCCCCCUCCUUUUCAACAUGGUUCCAGGCCCAUGCCUCCAAUGCCAGACUUAUGGGGACAGUCUCAACAACAGAAGCAACAGCCACCUAGAGGCCCUUACUCUCAUGCUGGCCAGUUAAAGCGGACAGCACCCCCUCUGGGAGAGCACUCAGUCAUCCAGCACACCCCUCUUUCCCUAAACAGGCCUAAUGAAGACUGUCCCAGCCCAAGCAAGAGGAAGAGGAGUACUGACUCAGAACAGCAUGCGAUAGGCACCCACCAAUACUCAGUAGGCUCUUCACUGCCCUUGCAGCAUCCUCAGUCCCAUUAUCCCCCUCUCCAAAAAGGGGCAGCAACUUGGGCUCCAGUAGAACGCAAGACAGACUACAAUGAGUUUCAGGACUUGCGCAAACAAGACAUGGGUGACUGUAAUUACAAACAGUAUCCACCCUACAAAACUUCUCCCAUUUCUCCACCUUCCAUCACUUCUGCCAGCAGCUAUGAACACGCCCGUGGUAAUCCACCCCUACCUGUUAAGCCUUCUCAAUCACCACAGUCUCUGGGGUCCUCCUCACAGAAUGCCCACCUCCACCGAGCAACAUUCCCCUUCCCCAACAACAAGCCUUCUGCUCAGACUCCGGGGGAGCAACAGGUCAUUCCCAACCACAAAAUGCAUCCUUCUGAGGUGAGGUCUACUGGCAGCCAGGCACCUCUACCACAAUCUUCAUCAUCCUUGGCUGAUAGAAAAUGCCCAGUCCCCACACCAGCACAUCACACCACCGUGCCUUACAGCCACUCAAAAUUCCAGCCCCAUCCAGGACUGGUUCGCACCACCAGCCCCUCUUGCAACAGUAGGACACAGGUGUCAGCACCUCAGUGCAACCCACAUAAGCCCUGGAGGAACCGGAUCAAACUUGAUAAUCAGGCCUCAGAGUUGGGUCCUUAUCACAGAUCGGUGGAUUCUCAGAUUUCUUCUUCAUCUCUGCAGCAACAGCAGAGUAGAACUGGGAAGAAUAAAGAUGAAGGCACCUCUCAGGCUCGGGCACCAGUUAUCACUUCCACAGUGCCAUCCCUGGAACCUUCAUGUUCUCCUUGUCCAAUGGGGCGCUACAGUAGUGUGGACACUAUGUCCACUAUGAGUUCAGUGUCCUCUUCUAAUGCUUCUCCAGUCAGCGCCAUUAACAGCUGGAAGACUGCACACCCUUCAGCACUAGUCUCAAACCCCUGUCCGACUCUAUCUGCACAAAGUCUCCCACACCAGGAGUUUCAGAGAGCCCAAUCUGGCACAGCAAACCAUCCAAACCACCAACAGAAGGCAAAGAUUCAAGAAUCCCAUCUACCCCACCAAGGGCAGGACAGACCCCAUUACACCCCAGUUGUGUCUUCAGCCACUUCCUCUCUCAGCUCAGGGUUUCAGAGAUCAGGAAAUAAUGUCAUCACCAGCAAGGCCAUUGACAACCUCUUGCAGGCUGCAAGUUCACCCCUUCAUCACUCACAGCCUGCAGUGUCCAUUACUGUGAACACAGACCUUCAACAACAGUCUGAUGCUUUACAUCAUAAAUUGCCUCACCAGGUAGCCCCAACCACAUCUCAGGCGCCACCUGCCCAAACAUAUCAAAGGCCAUGUCCACAACCUAGCAUCUCUAGCCCCCAAUCCAUUGAGGAAGCGCUUGCAAAGCUUGAUGCUGAGCUUCGGGGCCAUAUGCGAGCUGAGGAGAGAAGGAAGGAACAAGAGGAAGAAGAGAGAAAACACAACACAGAGAAUGAGAAAGUAAGAAACAAAAAGGUAAAUGAGGAUUCUGCAACUGAGAAUCUGGAGAGCUUGCUGUCAAAUAGUGCUACUGAUCCACCCCCUCCAUGCUUGUCUCCAGCCAUUACACGUUCCACAGUUUCACCGCCAUCCCAGGCAUCUCCACCAUUUCCCUGGCUGAGCAGAGGAGGUGUGUCUACGCGUCCUUUGGCCGCUGGUGCAAGUCCAGUAGAAAGGUCUCGACCACCUCCUCUCACUCCUCAAACAGACUAUGCUCGAGAAAAACAAAGGCAGAGAGAGAAAUGGAAUGCUUCAGUCACUCCUACUUCCCAAAAUACUUCAGGGAUUUCUACAUCUAUAUAUUCCUCCAAACAUGUUCCAACAGAGUCUUCAAAUAAACCAAUACAAACAAAAUCCUGUUCAUCCAAAGUAUCUACCAUGCAGAAGAGCUCUCAUAACAUCAAGGCUGUGGGUCUUGUCCCAAACUCUCCGAACAUGCGAGAACCCCCCAAACUUUACCAGGCCUUUCCCAGGGACACUAUAUCAUCCUCACCAAAAGAUACAUAUCCGGCCAAUCUCCACAAGCAGGCAAAUGGUGGGCUAAGCUCUAGCUUGGAUUCAGAUAGUGCCCAGUUUGAGGAGGAACCAUCUGAGCUCUUGCCUGAUGGUUUGGCAAAUAUUAUGAAGAUGUUGGAUGAGUCCAUUAAAAAGGAGGAAGAACUAUACUCUGGCCAGACUGGUGGGCAGCCUGACCCAGAGAUACCAUUUUCUCUUACAGUGGCACCCAUAAAAAGUUAUUCGUUUGCCCCUGACCUCAUGCCUACCCUGAAACAACCUUCAACAGAGGAAUAUUCUACUGACACCCAUGCUAGCCCACCUGUCCUGAGUCGUCAAGGAUCUUUGGCGUCCCCUUGCAGCCGUACUUCUUCCCUUGAAGAAGAGGAGGAUACACUAAAAAUAAUCCAAAAAUCUGACACUACUGUAAGUACUCAGCCUCAAGAUAGUGGUGUUGGCAUUACGGGAAGUAGUUAUCGCCAUAGUGACUUGGCCAAGCUUUAUGGAAUAUCCGAGGGAGCAAAGAGUGAAUGUGAGGAGGAGGAGGAGGCAGAACAAGAUGAUGACAUACCUUCCUGUUCUCCACCACCUAUGAGGCCACACCUGCAUCAGACAGGUGUGAACAGCAUGUUUAAAAACCUAGCCUCUGUGCUGGGGAGCCAGAAGUAUGCCUACCGUGGGGGACCGUUUGGUCGACCACCACCUUCAGCUCUGGUAGGAGUGAAGUACUCUUCAUCACUUUCAUUGGGCCCAGAUAUUUGCAGACAACAAAGCACUUCUCCCACAUCAGGCUCAAUCAAUCACACAGGCUUUAAGCAUCAAGCCCAAGGCUUAGUGAAUUCUUCCUCUGAACAAACCUAUUCUUUCUCACCAUCAGGAUCGACACCAGAAAGAAAAGAUGUUGUAGUCAGCCAGUCUGAUCUCUCUGGUUGUGAGGAGGAAGACAGGGUAAGAAAGGUGCUAAUGGAUGAAGAUCAUUGUAGUGUAAAUGACUCCACAGAGGUAGAUAGAAAACCAAGGCUAACAACAAUCUCAGAAUCAUCACUUGCUGAGCUGGGUCGUAGUUGUGAGGUGAUGCUAAACCGACAUAAUCUCCCCUCGAUGGUAUCAUCAGACCACAAUGAGAAACAUAUACCACGUAUAUCUGAGAAAGCCAGGAAAAGGGAGCGGGACUAUAAUCAGGAGAAGAAACACAAACGCAGCAGCAGUAGCAAAAAACAUGAGGAAAGAAAAGAGAAAAAGAAAAAACACAGAGAGAAACAAGAAAAUACAUCUUCAUCAUCAAGCUCAAGCCGAAGGCAUAAGGAUGGAAAACCACACAAAGAGAAAAGGGGCCAUGUAGACAGUCAUAAAAAAGACCUCUGGGAGAAAGAAAGAGAAGGAGAGAAAAAGAAAAAGAAAGAGGAAGGGGGUGAAAAAGAGGAAUGGAUAUGCCGGAACAAGGAGAAGAAGACAGGAAGUUCUUCACUGGAUCAUACGGAGUCUUCACCUGCAUUGGGUUCUGCAGACUUUCAGAAGUUAAAGGCUCUGACAGAUGGUCCACCAAAAGAGCUGAAGAUUCGCCUGAUUAAAGUGGAAAGUGGGGAUCGAGAAACCUUCAUUGCCUCUGAAGUUGAGGAGAAGAGAAUUCCACUUGGGGAAAUCACAAUCAAAAACACGGCCAGUGAAAUCAUCAGAUCAUGCAAGGGAGCCCGUAUUAAGGGGAAACACAAGGAGUCCUAUCUACUUCCAGCGUUCUCGGUGAAACCUGUUCUGUCCAUGGAGCACCCAAUCCCACGUGAAAAGCUCAACCCUCCUACACCCAGUAUCUAUCUAGAAAGCAAGAGGGAUGCUUUUUCUCCUGUGCUGCUUCAGUUCUGCACAGACCCCAAGAACCCCAUUACUGUCAUCAGAGGACUAGCAGGCUCUCUCAGACUGAAUUUAGGUCUCUUCUCCACAAAGUCACUGGUGGAGGCAAAUUCAGAACAUUCAGUGGAGGUGAGAACUCAGGUGCAACAGCCAGCAGAUGAGAACUGGGAUCCCAAUGGCACUGGUCAAAUUUGGCUAUGCGAGAGCAGCCGAUCACACACUACCAUAGCCAAAUAUGCCCAGUACCAGGCUUCCAGCUUCCAGGAAAGCCUACAGGAAGAAAAAGCUAGUGAUGAUGAGGAUUAUGAGGAUGAAGAUGAGAAGAAACCUGCCAUUAACUUGGAUAUCACAGGCAGUAACUGCUCAAGCUCCAGUUCAGAGCAGAAAGCUGUGGGGAAAAUCAUCAAAUUUGGUACUAACAUUGACCUCUCUGACCCUAAGAGGUGGAAGCCCCAGCUACAGGAGCUGCAGAAGUUGCCAGCAUUCAUGCGAGUGUCCUCCAGUGGCAAUAUGCUCAGUCAUGUAGGCCACACCAUCCUAGGCAUGAAUACUGUACAGCUUUACAUGAAGGUCCCUGGCAGUCGCACACCAGGUCACCAGGAGAAUAAUAAUUUUUGCUCUGUGAACAUUAACAUUGGCCCUGGAGACUGCGAGUGGUUUGCUGUUCAUGACAACUACUGGGAAGCCAUCAGUGAUAUCUGUGAGAAGCACGGGGUGGAUUAUUUGACAGGCUCAUGGUGGCCAGUGUUGGAGGAUCUCUACAGCGCCAAUAUUCCAGUGUACCGUUUCAUCCAGAGGCCUGGAGAUUUGGUGUGGAUCAAUGCAGGCACUGUACACUGGGUCCAGGCUGUGGGUUGGUGCAAUAACAUUGCGUGGAACGUGGGUCCACUGAAUGGAUACCAGUACCAGUUGGCUCUGGAAAGGUUUGAAUGGAACGAAGUGAAGAAGGUCAAGUCCAUUGUGCCCAUGAUUCAUGUUUCCUGGAAUGUGGCCCACACAGUUAAAGUUACAUGCCCUGACACUUACAAGAUGAUUAAGCACUGUCUCCUGCAGUCCCUGAAGCACAUUCAAAUUCUGAGGGACCAGCUUGUAGCUGCAGGGAAGAAGAUCUCUUACCAGAGCAGAGUUAAAGAUGAACCAGCCUACUAUUGCAACGAGUGUGAUGUGGAGGUUUUUAACCUGUUGUUUGUGACGAGUGAGAACGGGAGUAAGAAGUUGUAUGUGGUGCACUGUGAGGACUGUGCCAGGCAACGCAGCCCCAAUCUCUCCAACGUAGUUGUGCUGGAACAAUACCGUAUCGAGGACCUAAUGAACACCUACGACACUUUCAGCUUGGUAAGAACACAAAAAACAUGCCUCCAGCUCUCGGUGAAAUCAACUCUGCCAUUCACCCCAGCCAUAACCAAAAGUCUUGCUUACCAGGACAGUUUGUUUUAGUUAAAAUCUUUAGUGUUUUAUUUUCCUGCAUUUGUCAUUUUAAAGUACUACUACUGCUAAUACUUGUUGAACAGCCAAUCAUAAGCCAGUUUACAUCAUGUUGUUUACAAAACCAAUAAGCCAAUAAGACAGCAGCCCGACAUACCAAUCUCUGACUGGUCUUAAGGGACUUUACAUCAGAAUGCAGUUUGUGCUGUCGCGUGUAAUUAAUGACAAAAAUGGCAUCUCGGAUUUUUUGUUCUUUGUUUGCAUUUUUUACUUUUGGGUUCUCUUUGUCUUGAAUACUGAAAUGUGUAAAUGCUGUUUAUAUUUUUCAUGGGUGCUGUUUUUUCUUUUCUAUUAAUUUAUUUUAAAAUCUAGAACAGUCUAGAUGUAUACCACAUUGGCCUUGUGACUUGUAUUUAGUAAAAAUAUAAAUGAAUAAUACUAAUAAUAGAUAUAUAAACUUUUUCUAAAGCAUUAAGCAUACAAAAAAAAAACUUUGUUUGGAAUCGUUCAAAAACAUACGGGUUUUAAAAACUUUUUCAAUUUUCGAUACUGUCUCAGAUGCGUGUGUAGUUAAUAUCAUGAUUUUAUUUCCUUAAAAUAAAAUCCAUUUUUACGAGAGCAUUUUAAGAUUACAUCAGGUCUUUUUCCAUUAUAUAUAUUUUUGGCGAAAUUACAAUUUGUCUUUGAAUUUAGUGAAUUGUUUUACCUCUUUUCUUUUUCUUCUUUUUUUGCUUAAUAUAGAUUUAUUCAUGUGGUGUUUUUUUUAUUGUAUAUUUUUUAUUUAACUUCUUUCUCCUAUUUAUUGACUAUAUUAUGUUUUCAUUGUUUGGGGUCAUCAUUGAUGUUUGUGUUCUAUCCUUUUUUAAUAAGUUUUGGAAGGAGAGUUUCAGGGGUGCGUAGUCAAUAAAAAAGGAGUUAUGUUUUCGGACCUUCAAACUGUCCUCAUGGGCUUAUGAUAUGUGACCCCAUGGGGUGAGUCUGAGGGACGGAGACUCCUCUCUCCUGUAGAGUGUAGAAGGCAGAGCAGUUGUAGUGUGUCGUAAUAAAAACCGUCUUUUGUAUAGGGAUGCAAAAGGCCACUUCGUUUUAACCAUCAUUAGCAGCAAAUUGGACAUACAUGCGCAUAAAUUCAGAGCUGUUUCUAAGUAUCUAAAUAUUUUGUGGUGCUCGAGUUUCUUUGAAAUGUAUUAUGAGAGAGAGAACACAGUUGCCAUGCCAACCAUACGGCACAAUCUCUGUUUCUAUUAAAUCUGACCGCAGUUGGUUAUCAUGAACCAAAUAUUGAGGGUCUUUAGGCAUUUUUGUUUUUGAAAAGAAAAAAAAAUGAAUCUGUAAAUACUGUGGCAUUUUACUGGAAUGAGGUUAAGUGUGAAUCGAAUUAUUCAUUCGACUGAAACUGUAAUUUCUCUUUAAUUUUGUCUUAAGCUUGAAUCGAUUAUUUCACAUAUAACAAAACUCUUGGUUACGAUUACGAUACAGAAGGUGCUGUUCUCUUUGAACUACUCUGUCUUUCAGUUUUGUUUCUAAAGAAAAAAAAUCUAUUUUUCCUGUUGCAAUAUAUCUUCUGUUUGUGGUCAUUUAUUUAAGAUUCUGCACUGUUUUAGAGUUCACACAGAAAGCAAACUGAGCCAGACACGUCUUAAACACUUCAUGAGUUUGUGUGACAUUACUAUGAUUAUUAAGAUUAAAUGCUUUUGAUAAA